CUGCCCCUAUUCUAGUACACUGUAGCUCCAUGCUCGGCAGCUCGGCACUUUGUCUGGUCGUUAAAUUUUGGAGAUUUCAUCCUGGUUUCAUCUAGCCACUGUCGUAGUUGGGCUAGACUUCUAGUACAUUCUAGCUGAGCUGAAAAAAAAAAACGCAUUGUGGCCAGGCCAGGUGCCGCGGAUCGUGUGCGAGUUUCGGAAAGGUGCGGGCGUCACGGUGAAUAACGGCGAGAAGCCAGCACAUUGGUGUAGUGCCUUUUGCGAAAGCAAAGGCAGCGAUCGCUUGUGGCCCCGACAUGAUGGGCCACCGGGCGAUGUCGUCGACUGCCGACGCUACACAUACUCCGACGAGGAGAGGCCAGUGAUGCACUGCUGGCCAGGUUGCUGUGCGCUGGAUCCCCCGACGCGGUCCUCGUGCCAGGCGCUGCGUCAUGCGGUGGCCACCCUCACUCGGCUGGACGAUUUCACCUCGGAGAAGAUUGGCUCGGGCUUUUUCUCCGAGGUGUACAAGGUGACGCACCGCACCACAGGCCAGGUGUGCGUACUCAAGAUGAACACGUCAAGCAGCAACCGGCCAAACAUGUUACGCGAGGUGCAGCUGCUCAACCGGCUGUCGCACCGCAACAUCCUGCGCUUUCUGGGCGUUUGCGUGCACCAGGGGCAGCUGCAUGCUCUGACCGAGUACAUUAAUGGCGGAAGCCUUGAGCAGCUCAUACAGCGCAGAUCGGAGCCUCUGUCGUGGGAGCUGCGAAUGCGGCUGGCACUAGACAUAGCACGAGGCAUGGCGUAUCUGCACUCGCGGGGUGUCUUUCACCGAGACCUGACCUCCAAGAACGUGCUAAUCAAGCGCCAUCAGGAGGAAGGUGGCGCUCUGCCCAUCCUGACUGCUGUAGUGGGUGAUCUGGGGCUGGCCGAGCGCAUCCCCGUUUCUGGAUGCCGCGACUUCAGACUGCCCGUCGUUGGUUCCCCCUACUGGAUGGCACCCGAGUGCUUGCAUGGUGCCUGGUAUGACCAACAUGCAGACAUCUUCUCGUAUGGCAUCAUCCUGUGCGAGCUGAUAGUGCGACUGGAGGCUGAUCCUGACGUGCUCCCUCGAACGGCUGAUUUUGGGGUGGACCGGCUGGCACUGCGCCGGCUUUGUCCGGAUGACUGCCCGCCUGCAUUCCUGCGGCUGGCACUUGCAUGCUGCCAGGUGGAGCCUUUGGCACGGCCCACCUUCCAGAACAUCGUGGAACAGCUGGAAGCCAUGUUGUCUGGGGAUGUGGCAGACGCCGACUCGGCCUCUUCGGACGCCACCGACGACAGCAUUGGCAGCGUCCAAGCCAUCUUUGGGCCUGAGCAGGCAUGCUGCAGUACGGCCAACCCAUUCGCACACCGGUUCAAGGAUGGCCGCAAGAUCCUUGAGGAGGACUCUAGUCAUCAGUGACAAGACCCACUGUGCUAUGGAAGCACACCGUCCAGCCCAGGACUAUUUAUUACGGACUGCAUCAUCCGCUGACUGUGACUACAGGGAAGCGUACAAAAAUAUGGACACACGCAUAGUGUGCUGCAACACUCACACACACAAAAAUUCCAUCUGCAGUCCUGUUUUUUUUUUUUUGAAGGAGUUUGCACAGCCCAAUCAUUCUUUGGGGUGUUCUUGUUGGUGAAUGUUCUUCCUGUUUUUUAUUCGUGGCUGCUCACAGGUCUUUUCUUCGUUGGCAUCGUCUAGGACAUGCCGCCUUCAUUGUUUGUCUUUUUGUGCCAUGGGUUGUAUGAUGCCACGCGGUAUAAAAUGCCAUCUGGUACACUUCCUUUUCUUCCGGUGCUGCAUUAAUGCCAGUCUAGGAUUCAUGGGUCUCAUUACUGUGACCAUGGGAAUGGGCGGCUGAUUUUGCCUGCGCUGGAUAUCAAUUGUUCAGUGAGGAUUUCCAAGAAGAGCAUUUUCUGUUUUUGUCUCCACAGAGCACUAAAUGUUCUCGAAGAAAUAGGCACUUGAGCCCACCAACUAGAUUAAAUCGAAGCCUUGCUAGCUGCAGUCUUCCUAACAUAGAGUCUGCUCUACUCGCUAAAGUGUCUGUGAUUAUUCUUAUUUGUAACAAAUUUGUGAACCUUCAAAGGCAAGUGCGAUGGAAAAGUGUAGGUGGGAUCUGGCAGCUUCAAAAUAGGUAAAUCUAUCUCAGAGGAACUUGCUAAAUUAUCUUCUGUGUAUUUCCUGCUGUGCAUCACAGUUUGUAUGCAUAUGUUGUACUAAAGCUUUCUUUCUGACAACAAAUUGUUGCGACUUGUUACUGGCGCUCUGGCAGGUCUUUAGUUCGCAACAUGUCAUGUCGCAGUGUAUAUGCUAAUCUGGACACUGCUAGUUGUAUGCACAUUAAAUUCCUGUGCACUUAAGCUCCA